UGUGAAGUGAAGUCGUGUGUGAAGAAAAAAAGUGUUUGUUAUGUGCAACGUAUUCCGUUCUCUUCGAAUGUGUUGUUAUUAUUAACAAGAAAAUGCUGUGUGAAAGUAUAAUGAAUUGUGUGUUUGAAUAUGCAACGACGUUUUGCAAUAUUGUGGAUAUUAUAAUAACCUGUACACUUGUGCAAUCUAUGGAAUGGGAAACUGUGAUCAAGGAAUCGAAGGAGCCCUCUUGUCCUUCCCUAACUACGUUCCUGCCUGUUGGCGUCCUUCUCACUUUCUCCCAGUUUGAAUCGAAUGGCGCCGCGCGUCUGUCCUUCUUGCUCGUUGCCGCGCAGUCUCGCCACUUCGUCGUUUCUCCCUUCCAGUGAUCCUACCUGGCUUCCCUCUCCCGGUCGGUGGUCGAUGGAGGGGCGCGGGUGAACGCGGUCGGACGACACAGUCCUUCCGCGGAUUGCGGAUAUUGUGUCGGGAAGCCUCGUGGUACGGUGUCCUUGUUGCCGUGUUCCUUGCGACACAUACACACACACACACAC